AUGACGACCAAGAAGGAAGGUCCAAAGCUGCCCAAGCAGCAGCUGGCAAUUCUGGCCAUGGCCAGAAUUGCAGAACCCAUGGCCUACAGCUCAGUCUUCCCAUAUCUGCCCAGCAUGGUCAGCAGCUUUGGUGUUCCUACCAACAAGGUUGGAAGUUGGGUAGGAAUCACAUCUGGUGUCUUCUCUAUAGCACAAAGCACCACUGCAGUGGCUUGGGGGAAGGCUUCCGAUAUUUAUGGUCGAAAACCGAUAAUCAUCUUUGGCCUUAUGAGUUCAAUGAUCUGCUUCAUAAUAUGGGGCAUGUCAACGAAUUUACCUAUGGCCAUCAUUGUCCGAGCCAUCAUGGGAGGUGGAAACGGAAAUGUUGGUAUCAUCAGAACAGUGGUUGCUGAGCUGGUGCCUGAGAGGGAACUUCAACCAAGAGCAUUCUCCAUCAUGCCUAUCGUGUGGAGUUUGGGUUCCAUCAUCGGGCCCAGUUUCGGGGGUCUCUUGGCUGAACCUGCAGAACAAUAUCCCCAAAUCUUUGGCCAUAUCGAGUUCUUUAAGCGGUUUCCCUUUGCGCUACCGAAUCUGAUUCUCAUGGUUUUCUUUCUAUUCUCAGCUACCAUUGCAGCCCUGUUUCUCCAUGAAACACUCCCUAGCAAGCGAGGACACCGGGAUUGGGGUCUCCUGGUAGGCGAGCGUAUCACUCGCUCUUUCAAGACCACUCGUCCAGCCCCCUCUACCCGUCGAGCUUCGUUUGUAGAUGGCGAAGCUACUUCACCGCUUCUUCCUAACAAGACAGCACCAAAGAAGAGGAUACACGAAGCUUCAGAGCAUGCAAAGAAGGAACGCGUCCUUACCCGUGCAACAGCCAUGAACCUUCUGAUUUACACACUUCUCGCAUUCCAUUCCGUGGCUUACGAUCAGAUCCUCAGUGUCUUCCUCAGACACCCAGUUGAAAAGCAUACUCCUGAGAAUACUUCAUUUCCAUUCUACUUUUCAGGGGGAUUUGGCAUGAAGCACAGUGAGGUCGGCACAAUAUACACCAUCUAUGGCAUCGUAUGUUGUGCUGUUCAGUUCCUGAUCUACCCUUCAAUUGUUGCCCGCUUCGGUGUUUUGCGUUGCUUUAGAGUCUGCUGUCUUCUCAUGCCACUUGCUUACUUCCUCACCCCUUACUGUGUUCUAUUCCCGACACACAAGGGCCGCAUGAUCGCUCUCAUGGGUGUUAUGUUCAUCAAGGCUGCUGGAAUCAUUAUCGCAUUUCCAUCUGUCACUAUCCUUCUGACAAACUCCUGCACUUCUCUCCGUGUACUUGGCACGCUCAACGGUUAUGCCACAACCUUCAGUGGUCUAGGUCGUGCACUCGGUCCAGCUUCGACAGGCGCCCUUUUUACCUGGGGCGCCGAUCAUGGUUACGUUGUAACUGCGUGGUUCUUCCUCAUGUUCAUUGCUAUUCUAGGUACUAUCCCGGCUUACCUUGUUGAAGAAGGAGAGGGCCCUUCCGCUUCUGCUUCGAGCUCAGCAGAGAAUAGUGACACAGAAAACGACCAGGCUUCGUCUUCGUCAAGUACGAUAUUGCUGCCUGAAGAUUCCGCGAUUGAGUCUGAAGAGGAAGAGGAAGAGGAGCUGCCUUUGACCAAAACUAAGUCAAGGUCUGUAGAGCAAAGCUACGGAACUAUGAGCGGACGAAAGUGA